GGCAGCGAGAUAGAAUCAAAACUUUAAAAAAGUUUGUUUUUGACAUAUUUUAUUGCGAUUAAAAUAGAUUUGUCAUCAUCAUCAUCAUUAUUAUUUUGCCUGCUGUCAAGUUACUCUAAAAUUAGGAGUAAUGAGCGUGGAUGCUUUGGGAAACCCAAUGGCGGAGCCUGCGUUUUCUAAGCGGAGCACGGCGCUGAGAUUAGUUGACUUGGCGGGGGCUCACCACCACCUCCAUCAUCACCACCAUACCCCUCAGAGCGUGACAGGCUUCCCGGCGUUCAGCAGCCAUCCACACUCAAUGGGUCACGCGCACCCUGGAGAUAUUACUGCAGAACCCCGCCUGGGGCCGAGUCCAUUCGGCCCAGAACACAUGGGGCACUCCGCGGCCCUCAAAAUCAGCCCAGCCCAUCAUUAUCCUCACCACCAUCACCACCACAAUCAUCAUAUGACAGGCCACAGUGAAGUGGUCUCCAGUCAAACGGAAGCUUUCGGCCCAGUGCAGGCAGCGGCAGUCCCUUACUCCAUGUCUCACUCGGCCCAGGUGCUGUCUGCGGGUAGAGAUUUCCUAAUACGAAGGGAUUUGGCUGCUCCAGCUAUGCCCGGUCUGAUUGACCAGUCCUCUGGUGCAGUUUCUCAUCACGGAAUAUUUGUCUCAACAACAGGUAGCUAUCCUGGACACUAUGGUCAUCACGCCGAAGCUGGAAACCAUGCCCUCUUCUCUGGCCUUCAUCACGAACAGCCUUCUAACGGAGCGCCAGGUGGCCAAGCCUUGAAUGGACAAAUACGGUUGGGAAUACCUGGAGAAAUGUACGUUAGGUCUGAUCACAUGAGUCAAGUGGCAGGCUCCAGGGCUGAUGCAUUUUCCGCCUCACCUUUGCACGGCUACAGCGGCGUGAAUAUGAGCAUGAAUCUCAGCGCUCACCACCCAGGAUCUGGUGCCUUCUUCCGUUACAUGAGACAGCCGAUCAAGCAAGAACUUAUCUGCAAGUGGCUUGAUCCUGAAGCCGGGAAAAAACUUUGCUCUAAAACUUACAGUACAAUGCAUGAGUUGGUUACGCAUGUUACGGUGGAGCACGUCGGAGGACCAGAGCAGGGAAGUCACGUCUGCUUUUGGGAAGAAUGUCCUCGAGAAGGGAAACCCUUUAAAGCAAAGUACAAACUUGUUAAUCAUAUCAGAGUGCACACGGGAGAAAAGCCGUUCCCAUGCCCAUUUCCUGGCUGUGGGAAAGUAUUUGCUCGAUCUGAAAAUCUAAAAAUCCACAAAAGGACACACACAGGUGAAAAGCCCUUUAAAUGUGAAUAUGAGGGAUGCGAUAGACGCUUUGCUAACAGCAGUGACCGAAAGAAGCACUCCCACGUGCACACGAGCGAUAAGCCGUACAACUGCAAAAUGAGAGGCUGUGAUAAGUCGUACACGCACCCCAGCUCCUUGAGAAAACAUAUGAAAGUGCACUGCAAGUCUCCACCUCCAAGUUCGGGCUACGAAUCUUCGACUCCUUCGCUCGUUUCCCCCUCUUCGGACUCGGGUCGCGAGCCAGUGUCCUCCACGCACUCAGACCAUCUCUCGUCUAACCAAGCUGCCAAUUUAAGCGAGUGGUAUGUUUGUCACAGUUCAGGAGCAAGUGGCACACAGACCCCUCCCAGCAGCUCUUCUUCACCUGACCCAGCAGAUGGGCCUCCUUACAUAAACUCAGAGUCAGGAGACACAUUCUGACCAAAACUCCCACAGAUGAUCAACAUUGUUCGUAAGAUUCGUUCAAAAUUCGACUUUUAAAACCUGCCUUUUUAAAAAUGGCCGAAAUCGCAUUGCCCUUUGCACCAGCAAACAGACAAAUAGCCUAUUGAACAUUGUUAUUAUAAACUUAACUAAGGUCGGGCUUACACGCUCUAAUCAAGCUGGGCGAUAGUUUUAAUAUUAUUUCUUAGGAUAUAUAAAACGUGAUUUGAUUAAUUUUAUGUAAAUUAUGUUUUGCUUUUGGUUUUCAAUAAUUUAUUUUUUUUAAAUGGAUAUGGGCAUUUUUGUAUUAUUGAACCAAAGUGUUUAAGAGAACGUGUAUAUUUGUAAAUGUUGAAGUUUUUCUGGUCAAGUGAUAAUGACAAUUUUGUAAAAUCUUUUAAGUCUUAUGAGGAAAUAUUUUUUAUUGUUUGGUACUGAUUCGUAAAAAAACAGUAAUUGAAAAUAUAUAACAGUUUAACGUAGGCCUUCAUAUUGAAUUAUCGUCUGUAUGCUGUCAGUUGGCACGUCCACAGAUACAUUUUAGUGGAAUCUUUGUUGUGCUGUUUAAGUAUUUCUACAUUUGGCGUUUCGUUCAUGUUUGUUGAAACUUUCUGGAUCAAAGUGAGCAUUGUGUUUGUAGCACAUUGCUUACGAAUUCGAUAUUUUACAAUGUGAGUCGAGAUUUGUUUUCUUCUCGAACGGUAUACCAAAUGCCUUGUACUUGUCAGUAUUUUGAAAUAAAUUGUAUAUUAUA